AUGCUGCCAGCCAACCACAGCUCCUUGCCCCCCCCCACCUACAUCUUGAAGGGCAUCCCAGGGAUGGAGGCCUUCCACAUCUGGAUCUCCAUCCCCUUCUGCCUGAUGUACAUUGUGGCUCUGGUGGGGAACAGCACUCUGCUGUUCAUCAUCUUCACCGAGCGCAGCCUCCGCCAGCCCAUGUACCUCUUCCUCUCCAUGCUGGCCGUCACUGACUUGCUUCUGUCCACCUCCACUGCUCCCAAAAUGCUGGCCAUCUUCUGGUUCAAGGCUGGGGAGAUCUCCUUCGAAGGAUGCCUAGCCCAAAUGUUCUUCAUCCACAGCAUCUUCAUCGCCGAGUCAGCCAUCCUCAUGGCCAUGGCCUUUGACCGCUACAUCGCCAUUUGCGACCCGCUGCGCUACACCACCUUGCUGACUAAUUCGGUCAUCCGGAGAAUUGGGCUGGCUGCCAUGCUCAGAAGCUUCUGCGUGAUUUUCCCGGUCAUCUUCCUCGUCAAGCGCUUGACAUUCUGCCAACGCAAUGUCCUCCCCCACACGUACUGUGAGCACAUGGGCAUCGCCCGGCUGGCUUGCUCCGACAUCACGGUCAACAUCUGGUAUGGCUUCAUGGUGGCCAUCUUGGCGAUCGGUGUGGACGCCUUGCUGAUAGCAGCAUCGUACGCUCUGAUCCUGAGGGCUGUGUUUCGGCUCUCCUCAAAAGACGCUCGCCUGAAGGCGCUCAGCACCUGUGGCUCCCACCUCUGUGUCAUCCUCAUGUUCUACACACCUGCCUUCUUCUCCUUCUUUGCCCAUCGCUUUGGGCAUAUCCCAGGCUACAUUCACAUCCUACUGGCCAACUUAUAUGUCCUCAUCCCUCCCAUGCUGAACCCCAUUGUUUAUGGGGUGAAGACCAAGGAGAUCUUGAGGAGAGUCACCAUCUUGUUCCACCAAUGUUUCAACAGGCCAGUUACCUAA